AUGAGCAACAACAAACCGCCUGGCUCAGACAGCGGCGCCGUGUUGUUGUCAGUGACUGACAGCAGCCAUCAGGCAGCAACUCAAGUGGACGUCUGAGUUCUCACAUUUAACUGCGGUUCGCCGGGUGCUCUCCGGGUUUCGUCAGUAAACGGGUUCGCCGGCCAUUGGAUGCUUCCCCUCCACGUAGCCGCCCUCCUCCACCGCACUGUCGUUAGCUUAGCCUGCUAGCCGUUCGUGACUUUAUGACCCACGCUUCCUCAUUGCGUCCCGCUAAAGAGGCACUUCUGCUCUCAGUGGCGGACCCGGCGGAGGAAGAAGGCUUCGCACACUUCCACAAUCUCCACUAGCUGCCAUGGAGCCUCACGCCGCGGCGCUGGGCUGCGUGAACAUGGGCAGCCUGACCAGCACCUUGCCGGUGAUCCCCUACCAGAAGCUGACGGACCUGUACUACGUGAGCAGGGGGGGCUUCGGCACCGUGUUCAAGGCGCAGCACUCGGACUGGAGGACCACCGUGGCCAUCAAGUGCCUGAAGCUCGACUCUCCUGUGGGAGAAAGAGAGAGAAGCUGCCUGCUGAAGGAGGCCGAGGUGCUCCACAAAGCCAGAUUCAACUACAUCAUCCAGAUCUUUGGCAUCUGCAACGAGCCGGAGUUCUUCUGCAUAGUCACAGAGUUCAUGAGCAACGGCUCUCUGGACCUGCUGCUCCAUGAGAAAGACACAUACCCUGAUCUCGCAUGGCCUUUACGACUGAGGAUCCUGUAUGAAAUCGCACUGGGGGUUAACUUCCUCCACAACAUGACCCCACCCCUCCUACAUCAUGACUUAAAGACACAAAACAUACUGCUGGAUGAUGAAUUUCAUGUCAAGAUUGCAGACUUUGGCCUUUCAAAAUGGCGCCAGAUCUCUGUCAGUAAAGGCUCAGGUUCCAAGCCCACAGAGAUGGGGGGCACAGUGAUCUACAUGCCCCCGGAGAAUUACGAACCAUCCAAGAGCCGCCGCGGCGAUGUGAAACAUGACAUGUACAGUUAUGCCAUCAUCAUGUGGGAGGUGUUGUCUAGGCAGAUACCAUACGAAGAAGUGACAAACCCAAUGCAGAUCAUGUUCAGUGUGCUGCGUGGUAUGCGUCCAGAUACGAGCUUGGACAGCCUGCCCGCUGACAUCCCCAGCAGAGGGACCCUCAUCAAUUUGAUCACCUGCGGCUGGACCACCAAUCCCGACGAACGACCGUCCUUCCUCAAGUGUUUGAUUGAGCUGGAGCCCAUGGUGAGAAACUUUGACGAGAUCGACUUUUUAGAAGCCGUGCUGCAGAUCCAGAGGUCAAAGUUAAGGCAGAGAACGAAUUGCUGUUCGCCUCAGCCCCUGCCCGGGCCGGAGGUUAGGCCCAGCCCCCCAAAGAGCCCCACCUCAGGCUCAGGCUCCUGUUCAUCUCAGGACUCAAACAUAUCUCUACCAGGAGCUCUCAUCAGUAGCAGUCCAGCAGAGUCUAAAGAUUCAUCAUCAAACCUCGAUCCCAUGCUGGAGCCUCCAGAGUUUCUGAAGGACCCUAGCCAAAAAAACAACCUCAACACUGUCCCGACCGCAGAGCUCCCGAAUGUUUGGAAUAUUCCCAUCAAACCCAGCCUGCCGUUUACCGAGUGCAAAACUCCACUGGACAAACCGUCCCUCAAGCCGCAGCCGCAGCCGCAAACUCCUCCAGCAGAGCACAGUCCUAUCACUCAGUGGAUUGCGGUUCAUCGCGAGGAAAUCGUCACCCAGAUGACAGACGCCUGUUUGAACCAGAUCCUGGACGCCCUGUUGUCCCGGUCCUGGCUGAUGAAAGAAGAUUACGAACGCGUGAAUACCCAGCCCACGCGCACCGCCAAGGUCCGCCAGCUCCUGGACAACUGUCACCGGCACAACGAAGACUCCUGUCGCAUCAUCGUCCGCAAGCUGUACGACAACAAGCAGAUGGGCCUGAAGCCGUAUCCGCCGGAAAUCUGCUCCCCGACCACCGCCCUGGCUCCCAGUGCUCCGCCUCUGUACACGUCCCAGCCAAACUACAGUUGACUCUCAGUGGUUCUGCUGUCAUCAGGGUGGUGAGCAUGGUUUUGUAUUUCCCUCAGAAGACCGAGGACCGGCUGCUUGAGGAAAAGGAGACACAGUAACAGGUGGUUUUGAAAUGUAAUUUCCACUUCAACCAGAGAAGGACUAGAUUCUGUUUUAUCAGAAUCAAAAUAUUUUGACUGAAUCAGUGAUUAUUAUUUUAAACAAUGUUAUGGAUUUACUGAGGUGAUUUAUUUAUAGUCUUUUCAUACUGACUGGAUAUAUGACAGGGUUUCACUCUUUUUGGAUGUCUCUCCUCUUUGUCUUCAAAUUCACAUUGAUGUAUGUCUAUGUGAUGUAUGUAGCCUAGAACACUUAUGUGUGUAUAUGUGUUGAACACAAAGAUUCUUGGUAAUCUCAGUUGAUCUGAGUAAAUGACGGGAGGAAUGUUAAUAUGCUGGAAAACCUGCAGCAAAAACAAAGUUUAUUCCUGCUGUAGCAAUCUUAUGUUAAACUAUCAUGUAGUUGUGACCUAAGUUUCCUGAUAAUUCCACUGAGUCUGUCUUUGCUCGAAAACAAAUAAGAAAAUGCCUAGUCAGAAAAGCUUCACAGCUGUUGAUAGCGUGGUGGUUUUGAACAUCAACAGCUUCUCGUAAUUCAGCUGAAACAUAGGAACGAGUUCAUUUGCUGGAAUGGGGUCAUGUGACUGUCCUCCUCCAUUUACUGUUAAGAUAAAGACUGGCUGGGACGUGUGAGGAAGCUGAGAUUGUAACAUAAAACUCACAAUGAGGGGUAUGCGUGUGUGUGUCUGGAUGUGUAUACCUUGAGUAAAAAUGGAACAAAGUAAUCGGCCUUCUGAUUUGUUUAAUCUUCAUAAAAGUGGCCUCAGCUCUCUGUAUUUAUAAUAAUACUCACUUUAGACACGGGAGACUCGAGGUUUCAGGAGUCACAGUUCUUCCAUUCCCUCUGAGCUAAGGUUUUUUUAAAAUUUUUUUUAUCCUACUGAGUCGAUACAAUUGCAAAACACAAGCAGGAAACAAACCUGCUGUGCUUGUAGGUUCAGUCACUUUGUUACUCUUCACUUUUCUACUGUAUCUGUGCUGCCUAAUCUGCUGAAAAUGAAAGUAGUUAAUGUUUCUGUCUGUUUCUAUAAUCCCCGUAAAUACUAUUUUAAACCUGUUUGUCAGCUGCACAGUUCACUGUUACUUAAUUCAUUCCUUUGUGCCGCUGACAAUGAAGUGAAGAAACUAAUAAUUUAUUUUUCCUGCAGGUUAAUUCUCUGUCGUUAUACUAAUUGUUUCAUCUCUGAUGUGAAUGUAAAUAGUUCUUUCAUGAAUAGCCUUUGUGUCCUCAUCAGUGAUUUGACUCUUAAAUAGGUGCUUAGAAAACAGAAUUGUAGCUGAGGUAUUAUCUCUGUUAAAUCCAACAUUCAUCACAGAAUAACCAUUAGUUUUGUUCCAAUUUCUAUGAAAAGACGCACUUUUUUUGUAAGCAUUAAGUUGAUGUACCACUCCCCGGUCAACAAGUCCAAGGUAAAUAGCAGUUCAAAAACAUGGUAAGAAAUAAGCCACAACAGGUCGUUUUACACUCUUUUACAAUAAAUAUUCCACUCUGACAACCAUCAUCUAAAUGUCAAUAGGAAGGCCAACGAGGUCAAUGUACUUCCACAAUAUGGGACUAGUAUCGCCUCAUGUUUGAUAACUAUGCCUAAUAUUCUGCUUCUGGUCGCAUCUAUAGUAACAUAUAAAGGACUUUUACAAACAUAUCAAAUAAAGAGUACAAAUGCUAUGUUAUGCUAUGCUAUGCUAUGUUGUAGCAUAUUCUGUACUGUAGAUGAUAGUUUUAUGUUUUUAUAAAUAUUUUCAUCUGUGAUCUCUCGUUAGAAACCUUUUUUUUAUUUGAUAUCUGUAGAAUUGUGCAAAACAGCAGCCUAUCAUUUAGGAGUUGGUUUAUCAAACUGUGAUAUAUGUGUUAAAUUAAAUUUCAGUUGGCGUGAAGCAGUGAUUUCAACAGGAACUCAGAUUUUUCAUGUACCGCAUCAAACUCAUCAAUAAAAUUGGUAUUCUGCUUUUA